UAUCUUGUUUAACACUUCUCUAAUAGGGGUAGUUUUCGGUUUAUUCAAAGCAUUUGGCUGUAUAUUUCCGUUUAGGCUAGACGAWUUUUUGUACAACUGGUGGUUUUCAAUAAAUUUGCAAUUUUCUAAAUUAAAAUUUGUUUUAAAUGGGGAAAGUUUUGUGUUUGGGUUAUCAAGUAUCAAGGGUACUUUUGGGAUGGUUAGGAGCAACACUUUCCAUCAUCGGGAUUAUAUUGCUUUAUUUCUGUCUGGAAAAUCCGGAUAUUUUGGCGAGAUGGUUAAUGUCUUUAGCGGACGACCAAGCCAAGAUCGACUACAAGGAAUUACGCAGGGAUGUGGUUUGGUCAUGCGUGCUGUAUAUUGUAUUAAGCUUUGUAAAUUUGAUGACAUCCCUUGGUUUAAUAUUUGGCAUCAAUAAGUAUUGUGUACCGUCCUUGAAGUAUCCAUUCAUACAUUUAAUAAAAAAACAGGAAAAAGUUGUGAAAUACAAGAUCGCCACAGCUUUGCCGUCCGGAAGUGACCGUCCAUCAAAGACAUUUAAUGUGUAAAAUGGCGCAUCCUUCAUAAAUGAAACAUAUGCACACAAACACAUGUGCAUAGGUAUGGCGAGGAUCUCACUCCGGAGCACAAUUCUACAAAGUAAACUAUAUUAAAUCAAUUAAACUUAAGCUUAAACGUAUAAAUAAUCACUCAYAUAGGAAAUUAUACUAACACAAUCUUGGUCAUAUCAAUCAUACAUGCAUACAUACAAA